ACUGAUCGUGCAUGAUUUGGUAAUCGCUUGCUGGUCCAGCAGUUGAGUCUUAACGAUACAUGCUCGCUACAUGAGAGAACCUCCCGGACCCAGUGCUAAGAGAUACAUCUCAUGAGAGCGAUCAACAAAAAUACCAGAGCGGGCCUUCCAAGCCUAUCCCAACAGGUAUGCGAUCCUCAACCAGUUUGGCGUGGAAGACAGGACUGCGAGCUUUCCAUCGCUCAUUAUUGCUUGCCAUCUGGUCUGGCAAGGGAGAUGGGGUGUAUUGUCCGGCGCCGCGAUAUCCACCCAUGACAACUAGCAAGUCUACAACUAGAAGCACUACCACCUCGACCUCGACAACAACCACAACCUCCAAUGUACCAACGCCUACCUGUGCGACCUUCUUCAUCCGGGCAAUCGGCUGGGACCAUGCGGGCGAAUUCGUAGCCUUGAACGCCGACGUGGACGAUGGGAGUGAACCCGGAGGUAACUUCAUCUUUUUCCCGAGCCCAACCCAGUUCAGGUUGGUCGCAGGCAACGUUGUUACUGGGAGGGAUUUCGAUGUACCCUUCACCAUCAAUCCGAUGUCGCCCUCGAUUGUUCGACCUUACAACAAGCAGCGCAUCGAAACGGAAUUCGUGCCGUUGCAAUGCACUUUGCCAGGAAAUGUCGGGCCGGGAAUCAUUUCCUGCGUAGCUAACAACUCGACGCUGCCAUCCGUGUUUUAUACGCUCCCGCCUUGACUUCUUGCAAUUCGGAUCGUUUGAAGGCGUGGAAUUGGUUCUUGAGGCUGUCUGUCCAACAGAGUAAAGCGAUAGGAAGCUAACUGUCUUCUGGAACAAUGCGGACGAUGCAAGUUUCGGAAAGAGGAGGGAGGGGGGAUGCAUAGCCAUUGCAACGAGAAGCGUAGUUUGCCACAAAAAGCCACAACAACCCAAGAUGUAUUGCGACUGUACAAUUUUGAACAUUUGGCUGGCUUGACACACUACCGUCGACCAGUCACGUAUGUACAGACAGCAGCACCUCACCAUGCGCUGAUCGUGCAUGUUUUGGUAAUCGAGCGCUGAUUCAGCGGUUAAGCCUUGCCGAGACAAGAUGUUCGCUGCACGAAAGAUCCCACCAGCUGCCUCUUCGGGUGCGAUACUGGCUUAUACAUCGACUAUCUGCGUCGCACGCCACGAUACCUCUCUUCGACCAUCAGUCGCUCAAAUUCCAGACCAUCUUCGCGCUUCUCUAACUCCGUAGCUUGGUCGGCCGGUUGGUACCACACACUGCCGUUGACAGGGGUGCAACGCGACUGCAAGGAUGAUCACGCAUCUGAUGACGACCACCGAGAGAGUGCC